ACUAACUAGUCUCAACUACUGUUGUUGCUCCUAGGAAGCUCUGCCUGGACAUCCUCCAAGACACUCGUAUCGUUCUCCUCUAGCUGGCUUCCCUCGAACUGUUUCUCUCGAUCACGCUGCUCUCUAGCUGUUGCUCCUCUUCCUCUUCAAACUGGUGAGAGAGUGGGGGUCAGUCUACGCCCUUAUGAUUUAGACUUCCUACUGCUUAGCUAUUUACUUAAAACACUUAAAUUGGUGGAAGUUGUUUGUACUUCCGCUCUUAAAAACUCUUAACUCUUAACUGUGCGGGAGCUAGAUUUACUCUCCCUUCUUAAAGCUCAAAUCUUGACUUAAAAUUUUGACUGACACGGGGAUCCCUCACUAGCUAGUCCGAUUGCCGAACUAUUACAUAUGAGAAGUCAUCCAGGCUUUCCAUAAACUUAAACUUAUCGUGGAAGGCUCUUCUUCCACGAUUCUCAAGAGCAUAACUGCUGCUCAUCUUAAAAAUCUCAAGAGCAUAACCGUUGCUCUAUCUCAGAGAUCUCAAAGCAUAACUGCUGCUCUAACUGAAAAUCUCAAAUGGCAACGGACUGGCGCUAGUGACUAAAAACACUUAAAACGACUUCACCUUCUUGAAUGUGAGUUACUUCUUAAAAAGAACUUGUUUCUUAAACCUCAAUAACAACUCAUAAAUAUAAAGCUUUAAAGUAAAUAAUAAGUAAUACAUAAUUGCUUCAAGCAAAGCUCAAACCACGCACAUAUCACCAAUCAUAAACACAAUCAAACAAUAACAAUCACUUCAUCAAAAUACUUAAGGCUCGUAAAACUUGAAAGAACACGUAAGGCUUAGAAUUUACCCCUUUACACUCACCUGAUAAAACCAACCGAGUCUGACUUGUCACCCUCUCCUUAUCAUUUUGAUACAGUCGGGCGUCAUAAAGCUUUUGCGGAUUCCCUUUAAUACCAUUACAUGAAACCUUCAUUGUAAUUCACUAAUCCCCUUGCCAUAACCAAGCACAAAACGUGUCACUUGUUUGGGACAGCUUCCCCAUGCGGAUCCAAUUCCAUACUAUAACCACAAUAAUGUAAAUUUCAUGAACUCCAUAAGCCACUUACCAUAUUCAUGGCUUCUGUUAGUUUCCAUGCCCAGCGAAGGAAUCUUUUGCUUACACGAGAAACCCUUCUCUCCCACUGCAAUCAAACCCCCUCAACAAGCUUAUCAAAUCGACCAGAUGGCAUCUCAUGGUCCGUGACAAUCUCCUAGUAUCCUCUUUGUUCGUUAUGAUCUCCGACACCGGCGGUGGCGUUCACGGUGGAGAGGGAUUUGGGUGUGCGUCGCUCGUGCGUCGGGAUGGAGAUGGAGGUUUUGGUUGUUGUCGGCUAGAGUUUCGUCCAUUUUGUUGUCGCAUCCGAGCCUCUCUCUAUCGAUGUACCGGCCUCUCCCUAUCUCCCUUUUGCGGCGACUCUCUAGGUCCUUCUCUCUUGCACCGGUUGCUUAAGUGUAAAGCCGCGAGAGCCGAGAGAUGUAAAAGAAUGAAAAGGGGUAUAGGGGUUUUGGGGUGUCGCUAGAACCAAUUGGUUUAGAAUUUAAUAAUAAUUAUUAUUAUUAUUGUUAUUAUUAUUAUUACUAAUUCACGGUUGCAACUUUUCGUACGUAACGUUAAUCCAACCGUUCAAGUAUUAUGGUCGAACCAGAACCCAAAAGUCGGGGUGUUACAUUCUCGUACUAAAAUUUCAAUUCCUCGAACGAACCCAGAAUCCAACUUCGGAACUGUCCUAGUAUCCCCUGCAGUGUCCCCGUUGAUAUUAGUACUAGGCUCCGAAUCAAAUUCUCGAUAAAAACACAUCCCCGGAGCUAAAUUCAGCGAUUCUGACUUUGACCUAAAUAAUUGCCGAAAUUCAUGAAUUAGAACCAUAGGAUUAAUUACCUCGCUGCAGGAAGCUCAUAUAUAAAAUUUGGGCUUAAUCUGACUUUUCGAUCCUCCAAAACCCUAUCUCAACCUAAAGAAUUCAUCAACCGAAUGUGAACCUCAAGCUCAGAAAUUAAUGAAUUACAUUGUAUAGUAGAGUUACAUACCGUUUAUGGAAUUUUGGACUCCUAAAACCCUAGAAUCAAGCUUCGAGGUUUCCUCCCGAGCGUCUCGUGUCUCUCCGCUCGCAGUGCUUUUUUUUCAAAGAUAAUCAUAUAUUGAUUAAAACCAAAAGAUAGUUCCACCGUGGAGUUCAACCAUGUCUGAAAAUUAAAGAAACAACACAUAGUCUAGUACAAAGAGAGGGUCUUUCUAGCCACCAAAUGGGCUACCCUAUUGCUACGCCGAUCUACAAAUCGAACAAUAAACCCAGACUGGAAGCUAUAAUAACGCACGCUUUCUUCAAGAACAGCCCCCAUCUGGGUAUCUGUGAUAUCAACCCGAUUGAUUUUGUCAAUGACCACCUUUGAAUCACCUCCAAAUAUGACGUCCGUAAAUCCAAUCUCCAGACACCAUAAAAUUGCUUCCCUGAGCACGAGCAAUUCCACCACCAUAGGGUCAUCAAUUACCUGGAAUUGGACCCCCUUGGCCAUGAGGAUCUCCCUCGCCGGGGUCAAAAGAACAAUCCCCCUCCCGAAUGAGACCCACUCUUCGUGGCACCAUCCCACAUACAAACAAUCCUAUCAACCCCCACUAGACCCAGUUGAUGUAUAGCAGGGAAAUUAACGUGAGGAGUAUCGGUAUGCGGCAAACUAACCAUUCCUCAUACUGUUGGUUAAACUGACUCAUCAACGCAGAGAUGCUGAACUGUUUACCCUCAAAGACAACCCAAUUGCGAGACCGCCAGAUCCUCUAGAGGACGGCCACAAAUAAAGAAAAGAAUGGGAUAUGAAAAUGGCCGAGGGAUUUAAAUGAAUGCAAAGUGUUUGGCCGGUUUUGCUUUCCUCCCACUCCUCUCUUUGCGACACAUAGUCGGGUGCAUGACUAAUCAAUAUUUAUAAUUUUAAUAUGUAUUACUAUAUUCAUAUAUAAUGAUUGAUAUUUAUCAGAUCGAAAUCGAAAUACUAUCGAAACCCUCGCGUAAGUGAAGGGAAGUACUCAUACAAUCAUCCAAUCAAACAAACAUAGCUAGGGUUCCUCAAAACCUAAGUGAAGGGAAGUUACUCCAUGAGAAGAGAGAGACUGCAGUAAGAAUCUUCAGAUGAUCAGUCUUCAAGUCCGAGCUUGUUCCUCGAGCUUCCAAGGCGAAGGAAUCCUCCAAUUCCACUCUUAGAAUGCCCUCAAAUCGCCCUCUCUCUCUCUCUUUGGUUCGUCCCUUGGGUGUUUGGGAUCCAAAACCCAGCUCCCCCCUUUCCUUUGGCUCGAAAUUGGGUUAAAACCCAGAAUUUCCCGACCAUACGGCCAGGCCACACAGGCGUGUGGCCUUCCAGUCUGCCCGUGUGGAUGUCAAAACACCGCGUUUUGAUUAGUGGACUUCAGGCACGCUGCACGGCCAGAGGCACACGGUCGUGUGGAUUUCCAAUCUGGCCGUGUGAGCUCCCUGGACUUUCCACACGGCCACAAGGGGUCCCAUACACGGCCAGUGUGAUUUGCCCGUGCAAAGUGGUGCCACACGGCCAAGUCACACUGCCGUGUGGAAUUUUAGGCGUGCCUGUGUGGCUUCCUCAGCUUCUCUCCAAACGUCCAAUCUUCUUCCAAUCGACCCCGAACUCAUUCCCAAACCUUCAUUCACGUACUAGGAUCUGAAAUAUCACAACAAGAACAACCUAGCGUGAAAUCGGCUUAAAACAUGAGAAUCAACAUCUCAAACGGCUCAAGAAUAGGGGUAAAAACAUGUGCAAUCAAUGGUCUAUCAUCGACCCCUCUUCAGGUUUGAUGCUCGGUAGGCGGAUAACCCGGAGGUCAGGGUUAUGGUGAACUAUGUUUGGCAAGAGGAUAUCCAUGGCUCACCUAUGUACAAACUCUGGGUCAUACUGAAGAAGCUCCACCACUUGUUGUAUGAUUGGAGUAGGGAGAAGACUACGAACUCUUUACGCAACAUCAAAACCCUCCAGGCUGAAAUUGAACGCAUUAAACAGUUGGGAGAUGAGGUGCACAUUCUGGAGGGUGAGCUUAGACGACAAUGGGAGGCGGAGGAGAUCUACCGGUAGCAGAAGUCCAGAGUGCAUUGGUUAGAAAAGGGUGAUCAGAGUACAUCUUAUUUCCAUACGAUAACUAGAGCCUAGAGAAAACAUAAUUACGUGGAUGAUCUCCAGAAUGAUGAUGGGGAUUGGAUCAUGGAGGAAAAGGGGAAGGCGGAUUUUGCCAUUGAUUUCUAUCAAACUCUUUUACUCGGAAAAUCAUUUUCUGAAUAUUGAAGAUAGGGUGGACGACCUUCCCCUGCAACGGAAAGUAACUGAUUAUAUGAAUGCCUCGCGGUAGAAGUCCUGCCCAUCGAAGUUCGUCGAACGGUCUUCUUUAUGGGAUCAAAGCAGGCGCCCGGUUCUGAUGGUUUUACAGGGAAAUUAUUUAAAUCUUUUUGGGACAUCGUGGGUGAGUCGGUGGUUGAAGCUGUCUACACCUUCUUUCGAACAAACCGGAUUUUACGAAGCUUCAAUCAUACUUGGCUUACUUUGAUCCCUAAAGUGGAUAAUGUAAGAAUAUUCGCCAGUUGCGACCGAUAAGCUUAUGCCAGUUUGUGUAUAAGAUUAUCACCAAAAUCAUGACUGAAAGACUGGCUCAAUUUCUCCCGCAGAUAAUCUCGGAGGGGCAUAAUGCUUUUAUUCCAGAAUGACAAAUUGUUGAGAAUGUUCUACUAGGGCAAGAACUUAUGCACUAUGUGGAAAUUAAGAAUCGCGGGAAGAUGGGUACAUGGCCCUAAAAGUUGACAUAAAAAAGGCCUAUGAUAGAGUCGAAUGGCUCUCUCUCUUUACGGUUUUGGCCAAAUUAGGGUUCAGCCAAAUCUGGAUAGGCUGGAUCCAGGAAUGUCUCAGAUCUUUGUCAUUCUCAUUUCUAAUGAAUGGCACACCAUAUAGUUUUUUAAACCCACCCGCAGGCUGUGACCCAUUUCCCCCGCUAUUGUUUGUGUUCUGCACUGUAGGGUUUGCGACGCUUAUCCGUAAAGCCAAUUCAUAGGGUAAACUGGAAGGUGUGAAAAUGGCGCCUCGGGCUCCUAGGAUUUCUCACUUGUUUUUCGCAGAUGACUCGUAUUUGUUUUCUUAGAGGCUCUCCGCAAAAAUGUGAGAAUCUGAUUGAGGUGCUCAACGAGUAUGAGAAGCUCAGUGGGAAAAGAGUCAAUCUGGCAAAAUCGGCGGUCUGUUUCAGUAAGAAUACUUCAAUCCCCGAUCAGGAAUUCUUGACCCAAAUUUUGGGGGUGGGAGCUGUGGGAGUCCAAGACAAAUAUCUGGGGUUGCCUACCCUCAUAGCCCAAUCUAAACUAGCAACGUUCCCUUUUGUUGAGGAAAGGUUGAUGGCACGCCUCCAAGGGUGGGCCCAACGGACAUUGUCCUCUGAGGCUAAGGAAACCUUGAUAAAAUCAGUGGCCUCGGCUUUGGCGUUGCACGUUUUGUCUUGCUUUAAACUACCUCUCACUCUUUGCCGAAUCUUGGUUAGGUUUGUGGCACGAUUUUUGUGUGGAGUGGAGGAUGGCCAUUCCCGAAUAAGAUGGAUUUCUUGGCGUAAAAUGUGUCGGAGUAAGCAUGAGGGAGGCAUGGGGUUCUGCAUGUUUGAGCAUUUCAAUCAGGCUUUAUUAGCCAAGAUUGGAUGGCGGAUACUUAAUGAACCCCAGUCUCUCUUUGCUCAGGUGUAUAAAGGGAAGUAUUUUCCCACUGGCACAUACCUCACCUCCACAGCGCGAUAUUGUCCUUCCUGGGGGUGGCAAAGUAUCAUGUACGACCUGCAAUUAUUGAUGAAGGGCCUUCGUUGGCAGAUUGGUAGUAGAGAGUCGGUGUCGGCUUUAAACGAAAGUUGGGUUCCGGCCUUGCAUCAGGACCCCCGUCUUAUAACCCUCAAAUGCUUCCUGAAGGUGGGGACCUUAAAGUGCUGGAUUUGGUGUGCCGUGGUGGGGGGCGGCUGGUCUAACGAUAAACUUGCUCAAUGGUUCCAUCCUGAUACUUGUCAUGUUAUCAAGGCUAUCCCUUUACCCCGACUGGUCAUGGAGGAUAAGCAGAUCUGGCAUGCCACGUAUGAUGAGGUUUUCACGAUAACAUCGUCGUACCAUUUGGUGGUGCAGAUAGAUAAGCAACAGGGUAGGUGGAGUCCCAUGGUUAGCUGGAUGGAUCGACAAAGUUUGAUCCAACUGUGGGAUUCCUCGAUUCCACCCAAGCUAAAAGUCUUUUUAUGGCAACCGUUGCACCGUUUCCUCCCAACCACAGAAGCCCUUAUUGAGAAGGAUGUCCCGGUGCAUCCUAGGUGGCCGGUCUGUUGGGCAAAAUCGGAAACUAUGGAGCAUCUUUUCCUGGAGUGCCCUGUGGCCAGAGCUCUAUGGGACCAUGUUGGGUUGGAGCAUCUUGGACAAUGGCUCCCUCGCCAGACUUCCCCGCUAUUUCUCAAAAAACUAUUGGCUCUCAUUCACGAUCCACAUUAGGUCAUGGCGUUUAUAGCAGUGCUAUGGCGGAUAUGGAAAUCUCACAACAGGGUGGUCUUUGAAGGAAAAUAGUUCGGGAUCCCAGCUCUGAUGAGGCAAUACUAUCAGCAGUUACAUGAGUGGAAUAAUAUGCCAAAGGACAG